AUGGCAAUUAACAACUCUCCGGCAGCAACCUCUACGUCCUCGUCUAUCUCCGUCUCAGACUCGUCUGAUUACCUUGCACCUGCAUCAAAUGGCCGCCCGGUCAAUUUUGGUGUAGUUUUCCCCGGUGUAUACCGAAGCAGUUAUCCAAAGCCCGAGGAUUACGACUUUUUGGGAAGUUUAGGGCUCAAAACAGUCGUGACCCUGGUGAAGAAGGACGAACUAGAUCAUGACUUGCAGUCGUUCUUAACCACCAAUGGUAUUCGCCAAGUCAUCUUCAAUAUGAAGGGAACCAAAAAAGAGGCUAUUCCCAUGAGCACCAUGAGGUCUAUUCUUGAGCUCGUGCUGGAUCAAAAAAAUUACCCUCUAAUGCUCCACUGCAACCAUGGUAAACAUCGAACUGGUUGUGUCGUGGCUGCAAUCCGCAAACUUUCGGGUUGGCAGUUGGGUGCUGUCCUCGACGAGUACAAGGCCUUUGCUGAGCCCAAGGUCCGUGAAUGCGACGUUGACUAUAUCAGCGCAUUUCCUUGCGGGCCACUACAGAGCCUUCGUGUGAGACCACCUCUUCAGUCCACCUCCAAAUGGUAA